AUGCUUCCUAUAGAAAUCUUAAAAUUUCUAGAUAAGAAGCACAUUUAUGUUUUAGUGACACUCUUGAACCAAAUUUAUAGUUCAGGCGUAUUACCCAAAGAAUGGUUAACGUCAAUUUUUAUUUGCUUCCCCAAAAAGAAAAACUUAAGAGAGUGCAGCGAUUACCGCACCAUUAGCGUGAUGUCUCAUGUGCUAAAGUUACUACUAAAAGUCAUCCACAACCGAAUAUAUCACAAACUGGACAUAGACACAAUUUGGUUUUCGCAAAAGCCUGGGAAUGCGUGAAGCUCUUUUUCACUUAAUAUACUGAUACAACAUGCCUGGACGUUAAUCAAGAUAUAUACGCGUGUUUUAUUGACUAUAAUAAAGCAUUCGAUAAAGUACGACACACACAAUUAAUGAAUGUCCUGAAAUCAAAGAAGAUUGACUACAACGACCUCAGGAUCAUAUCAAAUUUACAUUAUAAACAGCGAGCAAAGCUACGUGUUAACGAACAGCUGUCAGAAGAAAUUGAAAUUAGAUGUGAAGUGAGACAGAGAUUCGUAUUGUCUCCAAUUAUUUUUAAUGCCUACUCCGAAGAGAUCCUGAAAAAUACUCUUGAGGGUGAAACAGCUGAAAUAAAGGUAAAUGCAGUUCCCAUUAACAACAUUAAAACUUUUC